AUGCCUGAGAGGUGGCUAUCAAGCUCUUCUUUGAUGCGCAAAACGCAAGGCUUUACCUCAUUUUCCACUGGUACGUGUUACGUACUGACCAUUGGUCUGCUGACUAUGAGCACCCAACUAGAAUUAUGCAGGCCAUAUGCUUGUAUUGGAAGGAAUUUAGCAAUGGUGGAGCUACAAACUGGUACGGCUGCGCUGGUACAGCAGUUCAGAAUUUCCUUUGCCCCCGGCGAAGACCGGUACAAAUUAUUGAAUGGCAGUCUUGAUGCAUUUAUGUUAUUUACUGGUGAUGUGCACCUGGUAUUUGAUGCCAUAAUGUCAGAGUAA